AUGUCCCCACCGGCCUGGUCGAGGCUCCGCUCUAAGGAGUACACAUACGCACUCGUGGCCGUCGUCGUCGUUCUAUGCUAUUUCCUCUUCUGGAGAGGUAGCGGCGGCAUCCAUUCGGCGGCUGAUUUCCAGCAUCUCUUCCCGAUCGGAGACGACAUCGAGCCUCCCGUCGUCGAUGACUCCGGAGGCUUGUCUCUCAGUCCGCCGGUGGACGGGAGCGCCCCGGGCGGGACCAGCACCGGCGCCUCCUCGUCGUUUGAUAAGAUCAUGAACAACCAUGGGCAGCAACAGCAACAGCAGCAACAACAGGGCCCGCCGCAGCCGGCAGCCGACCGCCCCAUGGCCGUCAUCAUCGAGAGCAACAUGAUCCCGAGCCUGAUCCCAAUAAUGCUGCAUUUCGCGGCGGUGCUCGGGCCGGCGUGGGGAAUGGUUCUCUUCACGCUCAAGGAGAACUGGGUGGAGCCCCUGUCGGCGCCCUUCCAGCGACUGCAGGACGAGGGCCGCGUGGAGGUCAAGUUCCUCCCUGAAAAGACCAAGCUGUCCGACUCGGCGUCGGUGUCGCGGUUUCUCACGUCCCCGUGGGUGUGGGAGCAGCUGUCUGACGCGAAGCGCGUGCUGUUGUUCCAGAGCGACAGCAUCCUGUGCUCGCGGUCCGAGGAGAAGGUCGAGGACUACUUCAAGUAUGACCUUGUGGGGGCCCCCAUCGCGGAGCAGUACGGGCACGGCUUCAACGGCGGGCUGAGCGUGCGGAACCCGCGCGUGUUCCUCAACGUGACGCGCCACGUCGACUUUGCGACCUCGGGCCACGAGUUCGAAGACCAGUACUUCUACACCGAGCUCAAGAAGGCCGGUGCCGAGAUGCCCUCCGUCGAGGCGGCCAUGACCUUUGCCGUCGAGACCCUGUACUACGAGACGCCGCUGGGGUAUCACCAGCCGCAGAGGUGGCAGGCGGCUAAUAUGCCGAAUAUCGAGGAGUGGUGUCCAGAGGUCAAGAUGCUCAUCGGGCGGAGGGCGGGUUGA